GCAUCAUUCCUCAGCCGAUGCUUUAACAUCAUCACACGACUAAAUCUGACAAACUUGAGGGACAUUUGGUGAAUUUGGAACGUUUCUCCAGAGGCUCCUCCUGAAGGAUUUGUGAAUCUUCAUCAUUUUCAGCCAUGCCUAGUCCACUGGAGAAAGUGGUGGCACAGAAGAAGGAGGCCAUUGAGGCUGUAAUGGAGCUGUUUGAGAGAGGAGCCGAGGUCUUGGCUAGCACGGUCGGGGAGCUUUUUCCCUUGUGUGAAGCCGCUGCUCCAGUCCUGAAGCUAGCUUUAGACAACGUUGAGAGUAAGGAGGUGUUCUAUGUCAAGGAGCAGUUCCUAGUCGUGAGGAAUAGGCUUGACGUGAUCUCGUCCCAGCUUGAAGACAUCAAUUGUGAGAUACAGAAGGGACGUGUUGAUUCACAAUACUUUUCUGUGGAGGAGAACCUACGCAACCAGUUCCGCAAAUAUCUCGACAUCUUGGAAGCCAAGCCCCAGUUUCGAGAGGUCAAAACGCGUUUGUUCUUAGACCAUUUCAGCAAGACGGGAGGUGAGAGGAACCUCUAUGUGCUGUACGAUGCCCUAAUGGGCACAAACACUUUCGGGGAAUCCAUCCUGGAGGUGGUUGAGCGAUAUGAGGCUAGGAACAGAAGGGUCCUAGAAGACUUCUGUGUCCGGAUGAAGGAACUCUUCUGCCUGGGGUUGAUCGUCUUGCUAGGUCAUUGUGCCCUCACUCAAGGGGAGGAUGUGGAGCAGGAGAAGAUCUCUGAAUGGAGCGAGAGAAUCCAAGAGGUCGAGACCAAGAUGAAGGCAGUCAUUGAAGAAUGUGUGAAGUCAUUUGCAGAGCAGGCACGUCUGGACGUCCAGAGGCUGGUCCAGGAGAAAGAGGAAGGGAGUCUCCAAGACACAGCCCAGGAGCUGCUUAGUUUCCUGGUGAAGAAGUACGAUUGGGUUAGGUGGUCUGUCCGUGUUAUUAACCACUCAGGAAGCAGCUACCGCAACUGGCGUGCCGGAGACAACUUCCAGUGUGUUAUAGGACAGAACUGUUUUGAUGUGCUGCAGGUAAACAACACCAACGUAGUCGUGUCCUACUGCAGCAACCCACAGCCUCUUCCCAAGGACAACAUCCAGCAGCUGAUGGAUGGUCCUGCUAAGAAGGGAGAUGCCAAAGCUGUGGUGGAGAAUCUGGAGAAGCAGCUGUCUGGUUUUAUGGUCCAUGCUGUCAGCCGUCAUAAACAGAGCUUCGCGGCUUGGAACUUUCCAGAAGACUGCCAUUAUUGGGAGAGGCAUAAGAAUGUGGCCCUCUGUGUGCAUUCAGAUUAGCAACAAGGCCAAAAGAUCAAAUGAGAUGCCUUAUUGAUUUGUGUUCAUUAUAAAUUGGACACUUUUAAUCAUGUGUGUGAAAAACAAACCAUUUAGCCAGACGUGAUUGUAUAUGCCAUUCCAACAGAUACUUAGCCUACCUUCUUUACUUAACCUAUAUUCAUUAUGCUAAUCACUGUCUUGUCUUAAUGUCCAUGACAGGUCUUAAUACCAAAGGCAUAAACUACACGUUUGUAAUUAACCACAGCAUGCACUUUGGCAUUACUAUAGUCGACCCUUAUAAAUGCAAGAUUUCUUGAAGAUCUCUUAGUCUAAAUCUGUACUGAAAAUCAUGCUUGCUAUGUUAAAAUGGCAUCCUAGUGCUACAUCUGAGAAUUGCGAUCACUAUGUAGCACAAUAACUUACGGAACAGAAUUCAUGAUCCUAGUAAAUCAUGAUAUAAUCACAAUUAGUCGCAUGUCUUGCCAGUUGCCCAUUAUCCACUAUACAGGCCACCUAGUAGCAGCAUCAGUCUCUUUUACGUGCUUUUCUGGCCGUCAAAUGUUCAGCAUCUUGAAAUCAGCUCUCUGUACUCACAAGUAUAGUAAAGCUCUGGUUUCUGACAAGAAAACAAACUUUUGAACACUGUAACACACUAAGCCUUUUAGACACUGUGUUAAAAAAGUUUAUGGUGACCCAUCUUAUUCUAGUGACUGGUUUGAAAAAAGUGGUGAGUAAAUGUGUUUGGCAAUUUGCAAUGUCAA